UAGAAGGGGAAGGGAGUGCUGAAGAAGACUCUGUCCAACGGCAUAAAACAACGACCUCAACUAACUUAACGGGGGACAUUUUGGACACGACUUUUCUUCCUGUGUUUCCUUCCUUGUCCGCAAUGAAGUGGUCCAACAGUCGUCAGCCCAGAGUGGGUAAAAACCCCUUCGUCCACAAGCUGAAAUUCAGCAUGACAGAGAAGAUAAAGAUAGGACUGAUGUCAGUUACGGUGUUUCCUGUCCGGCUGCUGCUGGUGUCCUUCCUCAUGCUGUUGGCGUGGCCCUUCGCCUUCACAGCCUCCCUUGGACGUUCUGAGUUUGCCAUUGAGCCACAGUCAUGGUGGAGGAGGUUUAUAGACCUGUGUUUACGAGUGAUCAUGCGAGCCAUGUGGUUUUGCGGAGGUUUCCACUGGAUCAAGGUGAAAGGGGAACGGGCGGCGCCCUCUGAAGUUCCCAUCCUCACUGUAGCACCGCACUCCUCCUACUUUGACGCCAUCCCAGUCACCAUGACCAUGUGCUCCAUCGUUACCAAGCUGGAGAGCAGGAGCAUUCCUGUCUGGGGCACUCUGAUCAGCUACAUCCGGCCAGUGUUUGUGUUCCGGUCAGACCAGGACUCCAGAAGAAAAACUGUAGAGGAAAUUAAGCGGAGAGCACAGUCUGGAGGGGAGUGGCCUCAGAUCAUGAUAUUCCCAGAGGGGACGUGCACCAACAGGUCCGGUCUCAUCUUGUUCAAGGCCGGUGCUUUCAUCCCAGGACUCCCAGUGCAGCCAGUGGUGCUACGUUACCCAAACAAACUGGAUACUGUUACAUGGACAUGGCAAGGUCCUGGAGCGUUCAAGGUCUUAUGGCUCACUUUGUGCCAACCUCAUAAUCCUAUGGAGAUCGAGUAUUUGCCUAUUUACACUCCAUCAGAUGAGGAGAAGGAAAACCCUGCCCUCUUUGCCAAUAACGUCAGAAAGCUCAUGGCCAAGGCGUUGGAGCUGCCACUCACAGACCUGUCCUUUGAGGACCGUGAGAUCAGCCUAUCGCAAGGCCCGCUGCGCAUUUAUGACUAUAGCAGCCUGCUAGAGUUUAACCAGCUAGUGUGCCGCUUGGGGCUGAGAGCCGGAACCAAAGACAAGCUGCUCGAGGAGCAGGCUAAGAGAGCCAGAAAGCUGCAGGGAGACAGGCUGGGUUUAGAGGACUUUGCCCAGUUCCUCAACCUGCCUGUUACAGACACACUCGCACAAGUCCACAGCCUCUUAGACCAGCACGGAAAUGGACAGAUAGACAUCAGACAUUUUGUUAUUGCCCUGUCUACUGUUCAUCGACCACCCAAGUCAAUGGAGACCCUCAAACUGGCUUUCAUGAUGUUUGCGAGCGAGGACAACGGGGACGUCCUAGAGGAGGACCUCGCCACCAUCUUGGAAAUAAUGCUGGGCGUGAAAGAGGUGGAUCUUUCAUGUCUGUUUUUAGCACUUGAACGACCUGACACAGGGAAGAUCACAUAUGAUGAACUUCAUCAUUUCAUAGAGCAGCAUCCACACUUCGUCCUGGACUGCCUUGAUUUUAAAGACCAUCCACGCAAAUUCUGCGUUGGUCGACCUAAGAGCUGCAAUGGCCACAACCACGACAAAGACGACUGAACGAUGGACCUGAGAUUUGCAGCCACUCUUCUGACUUACCAGCAUCUCCAAAUGCUGCAGCUUGCCUUCCACCUCUGUGCCUUUAUGUGCAGGUAGAGAAAGAAUAGAGGGGGAAUAAGAAUAACAAAGUUGUUUGAAAGUGUAGAGAUGGAUCAGUGCAGCACAGAUGAUGGAAUCAGAAUCUCUUCUCUAUCACUUAUUUCAUUUCUUUUUUUUGCGUUCCUUUGUUUUUAGUCUCUGUUAUCAUAGACAAUUUUUUUUACGCUCUUUGAAUAUAAUAUUUAUUUAAAAUACAAAUACAGGUAUUUAAGAAAUAAGUUGACAAAAGGAGGGGUACUUUUUAGCCCUGUUGUUGACUUUAUGUUGAAGGUUAGCACUGUUGUUCUCAGGCAAAUGGAUACAAUCACAAAGGGCACGUUUCUCUUUUCUGCUGCUCCUCAUUUAUAUACAUACAGAGAAACAUGGAAACUUAAUUACAGGUAUGGAUAUCUAGUUCAUAAUGCUGCCAUUCAGUGAUGAGGCUGGGAUUUUAUCACACCAGACUAAAUUAUGUGAAAUACUGAAGGCAAAUUCAGCAGAAAUUAGAGAAGUAAUUCCUUACUUUAAGCAGCUGCCUCACUGCCAUAGAAAUACAGGCCAAGAAACCUUA